GCGUCCCAGCGCGCGUCUCCUUUGGACUACAGUUCCCAGAAGCACUUUGAAGUGCUGCCCUCUCUCGUUUCCAGGACCACAAUUCCCAGAGACUUCGGUUUCACGGCGGUUCUCCUCUCACUCUCUUCUUGAGUUGGCUGGGCUUCGGCCGGCCAGGGGGCGCACAGCGACGACGUGAGCCCUCGUGACCGGACACACGGCUUCCUCGGCGGCCUGUGCUUCUCCUCACUUAGUUAUCCCUUUCACAGGCCGUCGCGGCUGGCCUGAGCUGUGACCUGGCGGGCCGCGCCUGCGCUCUGCCCCGUUUCCUGCCUGGCUGGUGGCGGCGGCCAUUUUGUUCAUCCUCCUCCUCCUCCUGCUCCUCCUGGUUGGAGCGCAGUGUCCGGAGCGGGCUGGGGGGAGAGAGCCCGUGAGCAGGGUUCGGUGUCCUUUCCUUGUCCCCAGCUGGUGCCCUUCCUCCCCACCCCCUCCCCUCCCCGACCCUGCCCUCCCCCUUGUCCCGGGAUCUCUCCGUCGCACCCACCAUGAUGGAAGACGACGGGCAGCCCCGGACAGCCCCCGGACUCUAUAUGUAGGUAACCUCUCCAGAGAUGUGACGGAAGUUCUUAUACUUCAGUUAUUUAGUCAGAUUGGACCCUGUAAAAGCUGUAAAAUGAUAACAGAGCAUACAAGCAAUGACCCAUAUUGCUUUGUGGAAUUUUAUGAACACAGAGAUGCAGCUGCUGCAUUAGCUGCUAUGAAUGGGAGAAAAAUUUUGGGAAAGGAGGUCAAAGUAAACUGGGCAACAACACCAAGUAGCCAGAAAAAAGAUACUUCCAAUCACUUCCAUGUGUUUGUUGGGGAUUUGAGUCCAGAAAUUACAACAGAAGAUAUCAAAUCAGCAUUUGCCCCCUUUGGUAAAAUAUCAAUUGCUCAUAAGAAUGGACAGGAUCUUGAAGGCUAACUGCAAGGAACUGUGCACACUGGAACUCAGUUGUAGAUUUUUUUCUCAUUUCUAUUUAUUCUUAUUAUACAUUAUUUAUAUAUACAUAUAUCUUAGUAUUUACAUUUUAACAUUCUAUAUUCAGUGGAGUUCUAUAUUUCCAAUCAUUUUAACUUACUCACUAAAAUUUCUGUGUAAAUUUGUUGUUUUCGUACUGGUGUGCUUAGCAUUGUUGUUAGUUUUUUAUUCUCCUUUCUUAAAUUUCUGAAAAUGUCAAUUUUUCAAAAUUUACAGCUGCCCAAACUCCAAAAUGAUGAUAGAGAAUUGACCAAGAAAAAUAAAGAAAUCUGUUAACAGGCCAUGGAUGCCCGAGUAGUUAAAGACAUGGCAACUGGAAAAUCCAAAGGCUAUGGUUUUGUAUCUUUUUAUAACAAACUGGAUGCAGAAAAUGCAAUUGUGCACAUGGGAGGUCAGUGGCUGGGUGGUCGUCAGAUCAGAACCAAUUGGGCCACACGUAAACCACCUGCACCUAAAAGCACACAAGAAAAUAACACUAAGCAGUUAAGAUUUGAAGAUGUAGUAAACCAGUCAAGUCCAAAAAAUUGUACUGUGUACUGUGGAGGAAUUGCUUCUGGGUUAACAGAUCAGCUUAUGAGACAGACAUUCUCACCAUUUGGACAAAUCAUGGAAAUAAGAGUUUUUCCAGAGAAGGGCUAUUCAUUUGUCAGAUUUUCAACCCACGAAAGUGCAGCCCAUGCCAUUGUUUCAGUGAAUGGUACUACGAUCGAAGGACAUGUUGUUAAAUGCUAUUGGGGUAAAGAAUCUCCUGAUAUGACUAAAAACUUCCAACAGGUUGACUAUAGUCAGUGGGGUCAGUGGAGCCAAGUUUAUGGAAACCCACAACAGUAUGGACAGUAUAUGGCAAAUGGGUGGCAAGUACCGCCUUAUGGAGUAUAUGGGCAACCAUGGAAUCAACAAGGAUUUGGAGUAGAUCAAUCACCUUCUGCUGCUUGGAUGGGUGGAUUUGGUGCUCAGCCUCCCCAAGGACAAGCUCCUCCUCCUGUAAUACCUCCUCCUAACCAAGCUGGAUAUGGUAUGGCAAGUUACCAAACACAGUGAGCUGGGACUCUAAACAAAAUUGUAAUUCAUAAUAGCUUCAGUUUCCUGUGACACUCUGAAGACAUGGAAGUAGACAUCGGAAAAUGGAAAUAUUUAUUUUAAAAAUUGAAAUGUUUGGAACCUUUAGCACAGCUUUGCUUUGGUGAAGGACACAUGUCUUCUAGUUCUGCCUUUUUAAGUUUUUGUUCAUGAUGGAUAUGAACAUGAUUUUUCUUUGUGUACAAAAACUAAAAUAAAGUCAAUAAAGACAAUUCUGACUACAAAUUUUAUAGGAGAAAUGGGUAAUACAUUUUGAUUACUAGAUACUAUUCCAUUUUUAUCUUGCUAUUCAGUAUUUUAACUCACUGUUUUUAAAAGAGCAAAAAAAAAAAAAAAAAGGGAGGACCGUGAAAAACUGGGAAUCACAUAUAAGUUCAUCCUGAAUCUUGACAUUUCCUUCCCCUACUCUGAGGUGGACCACAUUCGAAGUCAGCAGAAAAAAGUGUGAUAUUGAGAAGAAAUGCAUGGUUUUGGAGUUGCUUUGGAGGAAAUACUUACUUUAUGCUUAAAGAAACCUGAAGCCAGACUGAUAAAGAAAUUUUGCAACUUAAAUAAGGAACAGCAUUGUCUGAGUUACUUGGUGAUCCACAUUAAGACAUAUUUUUAAGACUUUAAAAAGUGUUAUUAAAACUGUAGUAAAUUACAUUUCACUUUUGGGGGGAAAUUCCAAGUAUGGUGUUUGUAUUAAAGUCAGACAGUCAUACUUGUGCUUUUACAUGAAGUUUAAAUGAUAUACAUUGUAAAUAUUAACUACAGUGUUUAAAAAGCAUGCUUCAACAUAGAAGUAGCAAUGUAAUUAUUUGAAGUAACAACAGUCCACUGCAUUGAAUGCAAUGGAUUGAUAAGAAUGUUUAAGACUGACAUUUCCAAGGUUGGCUACUAUGUAAAAUUAAAAUUAUACAAAUUACUAUACAGAAAAAGCCUUAAUUUUAAUUUCAUAUAAAUCUUUGAUGCAGAAAUACAUUUUAAAAUGUCACUGCAGAUUAGACUUUUUUCUUCGCUUUUUUUCCCCUUUGCUUUACAUCACUUGGUGUGUAAACACCUUGAUUAAAACCUUGUAAACUGUAUCAAGGUUCCUAUAAAUUGUAUAAUACAAGUGUUUUUUAAAAAAUAUUUGGGUGUUUCUUAAAUUAGAUAUAUUUUGCCCAAUAAUUUUUUAAACAUAUCUAGACAGUUCAGUGUACCAAUUUAUAAUUGGCUGUUCGCUUUAACUAGUACACAGUUGUGACUUUUAUUUUUGGUUAAUUUGUUUUCCUGUGUGGGUAGUGUGCAUGGGAUGACAAGCCUGAACAGAGGCUGGGCUGUGUGAGUGCAGUUUGUAAAUGAAUUAGCAGGUGGAGAGAAUGAGGUUUGUUUCUGAGAUAUUUUUCAGGCUAUGUGGAUAAAAUCUGCCUUGAACUUUUAUCGUAACAGGAAUGUAAAAGGGAUAAAAUCCCAUGUAUUUGAAUUUUGACAGCUAGGGGGUGCAAAUGUUUAGGCAAUAUAUUUGAAAUGUUUUGAGGCCUGGACACCAAAAUGAGAAAACCCUUUAUAGUUUAGUAAGUUGUAGCUAAUAUCCACAGAUUAUUAUUGAAACUUUUGAAAUCUUACAAUUAGAUUUGAAAUAAUGAUGGUUUUAUAAAUGGGUAACCACAAUAAUUUUGGUAUUAUUUCCCUCCCCCCCCCCCCCCCCCCCCAAUUUAGAAAUAUAGCUAAUUGUUACUAUACCUGAAAAUUCAGAGUCUGAAGUUUCAUCUUUGGGCCAAUUUUAUAUGACACUUUAGUUUUAACCUCAGUAGUAGUCAUCUGUUAUAUUCUUCUAUUACAAAAUUUACCCUUAUUUCUUUUGUUCAUGGUGUCUUUGGGGGAUGUUAUGGAGAAGUUAUUUUACACUUUAUAAGGAGAACACUCAAAUUAUAUCAAUUAUGCCUCCUAGUAAAACAUUUCUUGAAUAUAUGUGAAACUUGAACAAUUAAAGACUUAAAAAUAUAUGGAUAAAAGCCUA